AUGAAUUCACUGGUUUCUUGGCAGCUGAUGCUUUUCCUCUGUGCCUCCUCCUUCAGGGAGACAUUUGAAAAGAUGGCACCCAUGGAGAAUCCUAGACCGACAGGCCAGCGGCUCGGACCCCAGGCCCUCCUGGCCCCCUGGGAGCAGAGCCCGCGCUGCGCAGAGAGGAAGCCCGCCGGGGCCCGGCCCAGCCCGCGGGAGGCCUCGCUGUGCCCGCCUCCCGAGAGCCCCGCGGGGCCCCAGCGGCCAGGACUGUGCGCCCCCCGCAGCCGCCUGAUGCCCGCCCCCCGGGGCGCGGUGCUGGUGCCGCGGGAAAGGGACCUGUCCGCCUACAACUGGAACUCCUUCGGCCUGCGCUACGGCAAGCGGCAGACUGCGCCUCCCGCAAGGCUCGGCGGCGGCGCCGGGCGUGGCUGA